AGUCUUGGCUCAGGUGCCGUUGAACCGAGGAGGGCUGGAGGCGAAUGCCUUGCAGCCCUGGCCCCUCCACUUGCCGCCAUAUCGUUGUGGUCACUGCCGUUCUCUCUGUAGCUUCAUGGGAUCCGUUGCGGAUCGGGUCGUCCUGGUCUGCUCGGUCAUUUCGCUUGGGCUCUACGUAGUGGCUGUGUCGUUGAGGUGGGGGCGCCUGGGCGCAUCUGGCCUGAGAGAUGUCAUCCUCUCGUGCUGGCGGCGUGCACGGGGCAUGGAUCAAUUGUCUGCGGACGCUUGUGUGGCGAAGUUGAUGGACAAGAAGCGGGGGGAGAUGGUCCGGGUGACCUCCUCUGUGUGCCAAGGCUUUUUGUUCAUCGCAAUCUUGUGGGGCAUCGUGAACACGGCAAGCAACAAGUCCCGCCUCAGAAACACUCCGCAGGACGGGAUAUUGGUGGUGACCUUCGGGCUCCAGGCUCUCGCCAGCUGUGACCACGAUCUCGGCUUUGGUUACGUAAAUCAAACGUUGUUUGUGUACGUUGUGGCGAUGCUUGGCUGCACGGCAAUCGUGAUUACGACGACUGGCGGCGAAGCGAUGGUUGCGGUCAAUGCGUUCAUGCUUUGUCCGCGCAUAACCUUCAGCCUCGCCUAUAUGAACUCCGGCAUGGUCUGUCUUUCGUGUGUCUUUCACGCUGUUGCUUCAAGCUUGACCUAUAGCUACCAGAUGGCAGACACGCAAAGCGCGUCAACCCAUCCCCAGGCCUCACAGAUCGAGGCGAUCUCGAACAUGUCCCAGACUGUGUACACGAGCGCUGAUGUAAUGUGUUGCUUAAUCGUGAUACUCUCCACCUUCGCCUGGGAGAUGACCAUGGCCCUGCACGCGCGCAAUGAGCUCGAGGUGGUCGCAAAGCGUGGCGAGACCACCGCAACCCGGAGGCUGCUGAACACGUUCUGCGACGCCCUUUUCGAGCUCGACGCUGGUCUCCGCAUAGCGGACGACGCUCUGCAGCUGGCUGUCUCGCUGCAGCACGGUGCAAGCCGGUCGCUGCGGGGCAUGCUGGCCGAGAGUUUGAUGGUGGCGGAGGAUCGGGCUCUCUUCAGGGAGUUCGUCACCACGCCCGUCCUCGCCAGCCAGUCCAUGGCCAACGUGCUGCACGUGCGCAUGCGCGACAGCCUCAACAACAUCCUCAGGGUCGAGCUCUUCCACGUCCCCGUCGACAGCUCGCUGACUGGCGCGUCACACCUCAUCGGCGUCCGCGAGCACGCUGACUACGGUGACUAUUCGUUCCAGCAGCUCCCCGUCUGGCCGAUGGAGGCCGAGGCCCGGCGAGGCCGCUGCCCACCGGGCCCCGAGGCCGCCCCGCGGGCUGCCGCGGCAAGGAAGCCGCCGGGCGGGCCGCCGCGCGGGCACGCGCCGCCGGCGGCGCGGCUCGGCACGCCCGCCGUCGCCGCGUGCGAGUCCAGCGCCGGCGCUCGGAUGGCAGGGGCUCUCGCCGCACGGGGAGCUCGUCCAGCACUCGGACGCCCCGCCUCACGGCAGGCUGCAGGGGGAGGCCGGCCCAGGAGGGGAAGCAGCGAUCCACCGGCGCAUCAGCGGCCCGGACGCCCCGCCGUCCCUGCCCGAGGGCGGCACCUCGCAGCCGCUGUUCGUGAGGCUCCAGGGCUCCCGAGUGGGGCCAGAGGGACCUCCGAGUUGUUGUGCUUGUGCCAUUGUUCGAUCCCCUGCUCUUGGACGCCCCCCUUCGCGGGCGCCCCCGGGACGUGUGCCCGCAGAGCCCCUCUGAGGCGCUCCCGCGGAGCUCGGGGUCGACGGGGGGCGGUGCGCUCGGCUGCCUCGCGGCAGGUUCGACCCGGUCUCCCUCACCGUUGCCGAGUCCUCCGGCACGUACUCGGAGCUCUUCUGUGCUGGCACCAGGUUCACUACGUUCGCCCCCGCGCAGCAGGACUUGUUCGCUCGCCUCAACGCGGGCGUCACCUCUCUGAGCCGCACUCUCCGCUGCAAGCCUGGCGCGACCUUCAGAUGUCAGUCAACCCUUUUUUUCGAGCAUCAUGGAGAAAUGCUGGAGGGCUCAUGCGCGCUUGUUCUGGCCAGGAGUGAAACAGACGAAGCUUGUACAGCGCUUGGCACUUCAUGCAAACAGCCAAUAGUGGCUUCACUGCAUAUUGUCAACGCACCGAAGAUAGUCCGACCCAGAAGUGGCAUCGUGAGGAACGACCUGAGAAAUGCAGCGGGCCACGUUAGCAAUAGCCAAAUGAGCGACUCGUUGUAUUUGAACAUGUUGAUGGAGUGCCUUUCAGACGGUGUGUCCAACUCACAGGCCACUGACAGUGACACAACAGUGGCGUUGUGAUGAACCGUAACGCAAUGACAUGGAAUUGUUUUACCGUCUGCUGAGUCACGCCGUCCUUCUCAUUAUCCCUUCCUCCUCCUCCUCCUCCUCCUCCUCCUCCUCCUCCUACUCUGUCCUCCCUUACACCCGCGCACGGCCAGCCCUGGGGAGGAUAUUGGUCCCGAGGUGAUGACCUGCUCCCGCUGGCCUUUUAAUGAGGGCCAGCCUACAUGGGUGUGGAUUGCUCCCGCCCCAGGGUAGGGGUGGACUAUGCACGGAUACACGGGG